CCGAAGUUGGUGCUCCUCAUUCUACACAGCUCUACACUUCAUUAAGUUGCAACUUGGACUCUGGAUUGAUUUUGCCUUAUCUGAGUUGCAUUAUUCCAAUCCUCAUUAUACUCACUAUUGAACUUUGAUAUUUGUCCUUCUACUUGGAUCAAGAUGAACAAAUUCAUGUGGGGAUGUAUGGCUCUGGUGGGACUCUUUGUUGUGGGUAAGUUGGUUUUACUCUCUCUGGGCAGGUUAUAAUUAUUAUUCAUUGGACAAAUUGGGGCUUGUUCCAAAAAAGUUUAUUGCAUACUUUUUUGGUGAGUUGGAAAAAAUGCCCAAUAAAGUCCACAAUAGUUUUUCAUGGAUUAUUUGUUUGAGAUCAUGACAAAGAAAGUGAAGACUGGAGAUAUGAAGAAUGGGUGGGGAAAAAGUCAAGCUCGGUUGAAUCACACUUGCAUGUGAGUGGAGUUGAGCAGUUGGAUAUCCCACUCAUCGCUCAUUGAGUGGUGCUUGCGCACCGCUCUGGUGCUCCAUGUCCUUUCCAACCAUUCUUUCCAACCGCUCUACUAAAAACCGCUCCCUGCUCACAGGAGACAAAAAACGACUCCAAAUUCGCUCCAUUCAUUAAAAUCACAAUUUAACCAACACCCAUCUAUUUUUGUGACUACCUGGACCUACCAUUUGUUUUUUAAGUAUUGAAACCAAACCAUAUGUAUUUGAAUGAAAAGUAUUUGAAUAAACAUGAAAAGGUGAAUGUAAGAAGCGCACAUAAUUAAAAAAAAUAUAUCAAAAAAUCAUUUCAAAUAAGCUAAAUAUCAUAUUCAACAUCACAUAAACACUCUAAAUAGGUCAAGCUCCAGAAAGGGAGCCUAAGAAGAAAUGAAAAUUAAUUAUUUAGGCUAUAUUAUUUAUAUUAUUUCAAGCUGUAGCUCAGCUGGUAGAGCACGGCGCUUGUAACGCCAAGGUAGUGGGUUCGAUCCCCGGGACCACCCAUACACAAAAAUGUAUGCACGCACGACUGCAAGUCGCUUUGGAUAAAAGCGUCUGCUAAAUGGCAUAUUAUUAUUAUUAUUAUUAUUAUUAUUAUUAUUAUUAUUAUUAUUAUUAUUAUAAGGCUAUAGCCUACAAAGAAAUACACUGUGAAGCAUUUGCGAGUGCGACACAAUAGGCUGGUAGGGACAUAAAGAGUUCAGUAUUUAAACAACAUUUCGUUGUAUUAAAUAAUUACAGCCUAUACAUUGCGCAUAUAGGCUGUGACUUACUUAGAAUUAAAUACAAAUUAAACGAAAAAUGACUUAUUAGUGCCUUUGAAACACGUGUUUGGGCAGUCUGUGGCUUCAGGCUCAUACGAUGGUGCCUGGAGAGAAGGCUAACAGCGGAGAAUAUCCUCUCCUCACUUGCAGAGCCACUGGGGAUGCUAAACACCCGUUUGGACACUCUUGCCAGGCUGGGCAGAUAUGCAGAGUUUUUUUAUUUUUCUAUAGGUAGGCCUGAAGGUUUUUAGGCAAAAUAACCCAAUCAAAACGGAAAGCUCCUUGAACAUGGGAAUAUGCCAGGCCUAUUGGGCCAAAAUAAAUGAUGGCCUAUUGUGUAUAUAUAAUAUAACAAAAAUGAACGAAACGUUGAAGAGAUCUGAUUUUUAUUUUAUAAAUACUUUGAUACAAUGAAACACUUAGUUAUCUACCCACCUGGUUCCUUUCUUUUAGCAUGUGCACGUAGUAAGUAAACCAUACUUUCGGGAUAAGUGUCUUUUCAGAUUCCACAAUGAUUCUUUAGUUGUGGACAGCACAUCACCGCACUCCGUCAAUUCAUUCAUUAAAAUGCUAGGUAUUAACCCAAUAUUUAUGUGUCUUUACACUCUUGUUUCUGUGCUGGACUGGACUGAACAAAUUAUGUGUAUGUUUGUACAUAUAGUGUCAUGAUGACAGCAAUCUUAUUUGUUUUUCUCUUCUUUCUUCUCUCUCCUCUUUGCUCUCUGUCUCUCCAUCUUUCUCUCAUUCCAUCUCACAGCCGAGUCCCUGAAUUGCAACACAUGUUCUGUGGGGGUUGGCAGCUUUUGUCUUAUUGGUUCAAGCAAAACAUGUAGCACCUCCGAGCCCAACUGCUACACCGGACUAGCAGGUAUUCCGUCCAAGUAGAAAGCUACAAUAAAAAUAGUUCAUUGAGUUACUGUGUAAUUCCUAAAUUAUAACUGCGUAAUUCCUAGGUUAUUACUGUGUAAUUCUUAGAUAAUUACUGUGUAAUUCCCAUUUCACCAUGUCAUUUCUCAGUAAAUACCUAAUAAUUUUUGAACUGUAAAAUAAAGUGCUACCCAAACAAAAACUACCUGUAUUUACAAUUGCUCUUCCUUCUUCUUCCAGUGUUCAACGUCUCUAGCAUCCUGGGUAUCAAGAUCAAGGGUUGCCUGGCCACAGCUUCCUGCAACACCACAUCCACUGGUAGCAUUCUGACAGCCGGCUACACGGUCUCGCAGACCUGCUGCAGCACCGACCUGUGCAACGGGGCCGGAGCCAUCCAACUCCCUCUCAUUGUGGCCAUUGGCGCCGCCCUGGUGGCCAUCUGGAGCACUGUCACUUAAACAAACCCUUCACAAUAAGGAGACCUCCUCCAUAGGUUUCCAUUGAAGGGUGUUGUAGGUUGUAGUUCUUAAAAAACACAAUGUACUGAAACUGGUUUUAUUCUGGAAAAGACUGCAAUGUUUAUUCAGACUAGUUUCACUAAACCUUCUAAGUACCAACUCAAACUGGUUUUACCACUAUGCUAAACAACAUUCUACUAUAUAAUCGUAAUGAACAGUUCAAUCAAUGUCACUGUCUUUAUAUUGAGAACAUCUGUUUGACAUAAGCACAAGGUGCAAUUUCCCCCCCCCCCCCCCAAUAAAAAAUAAAUAAAAACACAUUUAUAUAUAUAUAUUUUUUAAAGGAACUCAGUCACGCUUUAAACGUACUCUUUAAAGUUGUAAUAGUAGAAUGCACAA